UUGGCAGCUAUAACUAUGGCGAAUAGCAGGAUACGAAUUCUCAUUUGUUUUUCUGUGACUAUGUUAAUAGACUUCUUUCAAAGUAAUGCAGGGGAGACUACAUCUUGUUGGUUUGGUAGCGUUGAGUGUGAUUGUUUUUUAUACGAAAAGGGAAUCCGUGUGAAUUGUUCGAAACGGAAUCUUUAUGUAAUACCAAAUAUGAACGACAGCAUAACGUGGUUAGACCUCAGUAACAAUAAAAUCAUGACUAUUACAUCGAAGAGUACAAAACUGCCAGAAAGAUUAUUAUCUCUCGACUUAUCUGGUAAUAACUUAAAAACUGUGAAUGGAAAUCCGUUCGAGCAUUUAACAAGACUUCAGUCUCUGAAUCUAGAGGGAAAUCAGCUGAAUUGUUCAAAUUUCGAGAAACUGUUUAGAAGACUGUUGUCCUUAGAAGUGCUGAACAUAAAAGGAAACAGCGGUAAUAAAACAGGCAUAGCUUUUCCAGGAGAUUGUUUUACAAAUUUAUAUUCUCUUUCAAUUUUAAAAAUGAAUGGGAUACCAAGCACUAAAUUUGGAAAAAGUUUCUUGCAUUUAAAUAAGCUUAAAUUUUUAGAUAUGUCGGGGACUGUAGGAAUAUGUAAUCUCGAGUAUAUUGAUUCGCAAAUGUUCGCAAAUUUUCCAUUCCUUGAGGUUUUGGACCUUUCCCACUGCAAUGUAAAGGAUAUCGAUAAGGGAUCAUUCAGCAACAUACCAAAAUUACAACAUCUUAAUAUUUCCUACAAUCGCCAGCUAGGUUUUGCAUCCCUGCCCAAUAUAACAUAUAAUUUGAACAAAACUAAGCUAAAAUCUCUGAGUAUUAAUGGAGUCAAUUGUCGAGCCGGAGUUGGAACAGGAAUAAAAUGUUUUCAUCUUCUUUCUCUCAAAGACACUAACCUCACAGAAUUAUAUAUAGCCAGUAACCGAUUGGAAUAUUUUGCUCCAGGAGUCUUACGAAAUCUUCCAAAAACUUUAGAGAUAUUAUCGGUGGCCGAAAACAAAUUGACAACUGGGCUGUAUUAUCUAGAAUUUAGCACUUUAGAAAAUUUGCGAGUAUACAACUUGAGCUUUCAGAAGUAUCCACCAACGUUUCCUGAAGGAAUUAUAAGUGAUUGUAGAGAAAAGACUGAAUUGUGUAAUGAUGCUGAUUUUAGUUGUCAAGAAGUUACAAAACAACAAACUUCUAAAAACAUUGACACUAGUACGAACGUGACUUAUUUUUUUCCAAGAAAUCUAGAAGAAAUAUAUGCUUACUCUAGUAGACUUUAUGUACAGGUUAGAAAAACUUUAAUUUCUGCACCGAAUCUCCGGAUUGUUAAUUUACGGAAUAACUUUGUGAACUCUUGGGAAGGUCCUGUUUAUAUUCAACCAACAAAUACCCGGAUGACGUUGGAUUUUUCAAAUAAUUAUUGCUCCCACAUAUCCCCUUCAAUACUUAAAGACGGUGGACAAGUCCAGAAUUUAAAUAUAUCCCACAAUGACAUAGGCCAAGAUCUAGAUAAAGAUGUACAUGGAGAAACAUUUAAGUCUCUUUAUUCACUUGAGAACUUAGACAUUUCGUUCUGUAAAAUUUCCAAACUUUCAAAUCUGCUGGUGAAAAAUUCUUCGAUGCUAAAGUAUUUAAAUGUUAGCAACAACCAGAUAUCAAGAUGGAAUUUAAAAAUUGAUCAUAUGACAAAUUUAUCAUCGAUAGACUUAUCACAAAAUCGGAUAAGAUCUUUUGAUGAAAAAAAUCGCAAACAUUUGGAGAAUGCCUUUCGGAAAUCUAAGUUAAUCAUUGAUCUUUCUGAUAAUCUAUUAGGUUGCUCCUGUGAUAAUGAAAGUUUUCUUAAAUGGUUAAGGAUAAAUAAAGCUAAUUUUGUAAAUAUUCAGCAAUAUCAGUGCUCGCCUGGACAUAUGAAAUUUUCAUUUGAAAAUUUGGAUCGGUCAAUUUCUAUGUUAGAGAAAAACUGUAGAUCAUUUUUGACAUGGUAUUUAACGGGCUCUGUAUCACUUGCUGUUUGUAUCAGCAUGCUAACCGGGGUUUUACUGGUAAGAAACAGAUGGAAGAUCCGUUAUAUAAUAUACAAAGCCAAACUUAAAUUCCGAGUUAGAGACAAACUGAAUGUUCAAAAUUCCAUAAAUCUAAACUACGAAUACGACGUCUUUCUAUCCUACGCUGGUAUGGAGAGAAAUUUUGUACGAAGAGAGGUCCUACCCCGGCUUGAAAUCAAUGCUGGAUUACGUCUUCUUGUUAGAGACAGGGACUAUCUCCCAGGAUUAUCAAAAGUGGAUUCUAUAAUGACUGGAAUUCAUGAAAGUAAGAAGGUUUUAUGUGUUGUUUCAAAACGAUACUUAAAGUCAAAGUGGCGGGACUAUGAGCUUAACAUGGCUAAAGUGGAGGAAAUCAAGGAUCGUGAAAGCUCAGAUUUUGUCCUUCUUAUCUUGUUACCGGAAGUGUACAAUAGCGGUUAUCCCAGUAAAGUUAUGGACCUUGUAAAGAGAGACUCUUUUAUUGAAUAUCCCGAAGAAUCUUGUGCUCAUGACGACUUUUGGGAGAAACUGGUAAAAAUGUUAAGGAACGAUUAAUCGAAAGAUUUUUGUAUGGAAUACAUUUAUUUUGACUGAUCUGAAAAUUCGCAAAUGUGUACCAAAGCAAUCUUCUUAAAUGUUAAGCAAAUAGUGAUUAUUUCCAAUUCAUCUUAUAUCACUGACCAUCACAAUACAUAUAUGUUUACUGUCCUGCUUCUUUUAAACAAUUCACAAUUAAUAUUUUUAAGUCAUUGAGUCAUUGACAUUUAGAAUUUACACAUUGAUAUAAUUUUCCUUUUAAAAUUAAAAGUAUUUUAAAAGUAUAUUUAUUAUCUGAAACAUGUAGUUAAGUGGUAUGGUGAAGUCAAUGCAUUAUGACUGACAUUUUACCAGCAUAGUAGUAAAACAUCAUGGUCAGUGAAUUAUUGAACGAAGAGAAAUGGCAUACCCAUAAAUUCUGUCAAAUAAAAGAACAACUUUUUUCAGUUUCUGCUGUCAGGGUUGUAAAGAGAAAGGACGGUUGAACUGACAACUGUUACUUCAGGGCAAACUUCCUUUUAUUAGUCAUCUACAAUUGAUUUUGGUAUAUCUACGGAUAGUUUAGUCAUCUACAAUUGAUUUUGGUUUAUCUACGGAUAGUUUAGUCAUCUACAAUUGAUUUUGGUUUAUCUACUGAUAAUUUUUUAGGUAAUCGUAAUCAUAAGUAGCAAAAUCCUGUUCCUUGUUAAACUUCUGGAGUAUAUAAAAAUAGAAAUAAUAA